AGUUAACACAGAUUAGCGUUGGGCUGGGCGGGUAGAGAAUCUAGAGAAAAGAGUAAUAUGUUAGGGUGCUUAACCCUAUUUGUAGCGCCAUCUUCCUAUUCUUCCCCAUUUCUCUCCUUCAACUUCAACUUCAACUUCAAUCGCCUCUCUCACUUUCGCCCCUCUAUAUCUCUCCCUUCCACUACUGACUUGUUGAGAACAACAUCUAGGAGGCUCAUUUUGGCAACAAAGAAACGCUGUGUCUCAACAAUGGCAAAUGAAGAAGAAAAUGUGAAGCGAAAGUUAGCAAAACUCUUUGAGGUGGCACUUAAGGUGACGGUGCCCAGUGUUGCGGAUGUAGAGCCUUUGGUUGCUGCUUGCACUGGAAAAUUUGGAGAUUACCAAUGUAACAAUGCCAUGGGCCUAUGGUCUAAAAUAAAAGGAAAGGAAACUGAGUUUAAGGGCCCCCCAGCUGUUGGACAGGCCAUCAUGCGAAACCUCCCACAAUCUGACAUAAUAGAAUCCUGUUCCGUAGCUGGGCCAGGAUUUGUGAAUGUCAAAUUAUCGAGGAAUUGGAUGGCUCAGAGUAUUCAAAGAAUGCUAAUUGAUGGUAUCGAUACAUGGGCACCACGACUUCCAGUCAGAAGGGCUGUGGUUGAUUUUUCUUCACCUAAUAUAGCAAAAGAAAUGCAUGUAGGCCAUUUAAGAUCUACCAUUAUUGGGGACACAAUAGCCCGUAUGCUUGAGUUUUCAUGUGUUGAAGUUCUUCGGCGAAAUCAUGUUGGUGACUGGGGAACACAGUUUGGUAUGCUGAUUGAAUUCCUCUUUGAAAAGUUUUCAAAUUGGGAAGAUGUUAAUGAAGCAGCUAUUGGAGAUCUACAGGAAUUCUAUAAAGAAUCAAAAAAGAGAUUUGACAGUGAUCCUGAUUUUAAGGAGAGGGCACAGAAGGCAGUGGUUCGCCUCCAGGGUGGGGAACAGAAGUAUCGUAAGGCAUGGACCCAGAUUUGUGAAAUCAGUCGAAAUGAAUUUAACAGGGUUUAUCAACGCCUUGGAGUUCAGUUAGAGGAAAAGGGGGAAAGCUUCUACAAUCCAUAUAUUCCUGCGGUUUUGAAGGAAUUGACUAGUAAAAAUUUAGUUGAGGACAGUCAGGGGGCUCGUGUGAUCUUUCUUGAAGGGUUUAAUAUACCCCUUAUUGUUGUGAAGAGUGAUGGUGGUUACAAUUAUGCUUCAACUGAUCUAGCAGCUAUUUGGUAUCGUCUUAAUGAAGAGAAAGCUGAGUGGAUGAUAUAUGUUACUGAUGUUGGUCAGCAGCAGCACUUUGAUAUGGUGUUUAAGGCUGCCAAACGUGCAGGUUGGCUUUCUACUGAUGAUAAUGCAUACCCUAAAGCUAGCCAUGUGGGUUUUGGUCUUGUUCUUGGAGAUGAUAAGAAGCGCUUUCGAACUCGCAGCAGUGAAGUGGUUCGGUUAGCUGAUUUACUGGAUGAAGCCAAGAGUCGCUGUAAAACAACACUUAUUGAACGUGGUAAGGGGGAUGAAUGGACUGAAGAGGAGCUUGAGCAAACUGCUGAGGCAAUAGGUUAUGGUGCUGUCAAGUAUGCUGACUUGAAGAACAACAGAUUGACCAAUUACACGUUUAGUUUUGAUCAAAUGCUGAAUGAUAAGGGGAAUACUGCUGUAUACUUGCUGUAUGCUCAUGCUCGGAUCUGUUCAAUCAUCAGGAAAUCUGGUAAAGACAUAGAGGAAUUGAAGAGUAUGGGGGCAAUAGUUUUGGAUCAUGCGGAUGAACGUGCAUUGGGGCUUCAUCUGCUACAAUUUUCUGAGGUUGUUGAGGAGGCCUGCACCAAUCUAUUGCCGAAUGUGUUGUGUGAAUACCUCUAUAAUUUGUCGGAAUUCUUUACAACGUUCUAUUCCAAUUGUCAGGUCGUUGGAUCAGCUGAGGAAACGAGCAGACUCUUGCUAUGCGAAGCAACUGCAACUGUGAUGAGGAAAUGCUUUUAUCUCCUUGGGAUCGCACCCGUUUACAAGAUAUGAUAUUAUACAAUAACGCGUAUAACCCAUUUAAAGGGUUCAAAAUGUUUCCAAUGUGUGCCGACUCUCUGAGUACGCUGUACAGAUAGCGUUUGGGAUGCAAGUUUUGGUGAAUUUUGGCCAUGCAAUGUGAUAGUUUCAAUAUCUAGUUGUUAAUUACUUUUUUCUUUAUUGUUGACUUUUAUUAUUUUCUUUUGGCUAAACGUACUUAAGAUUGGACUCCUCACGAAAGAAGCAAUCAUAUGAGAAUUUAAGGAGCCCUGGCUGAUCUAGUGGUUCCUAGAAAUCAAGUUCACAAAUUCUUACAUCUGUGUAGUCGAAAGUGCAAAAGCCUUUGCCAUUGAACUAUUUUAAUAUCGGAUCAUAUCAUAUUGGUGAAACUACAUUAUUGUUCCCUGAAAAUUUAACUUGUGAGUAUAAUUGGUCUUUCAAGUUUUAGAA